GUGGAACGUUUGUCGGAACAACGAACGCUGAAUUGGCGCCCCCUAUAAAAUCCUACUACUCCCCUCCCCUGCUUUCUCUCUCAUCGCCCCUUUUCGUCUUCAAAUUUUUCAUUCUCUCACUAAAAAAACUGAGAGGUAAGAGAUUUUUAGAGAGAGAAGGAGAAAAAAAAAAAAAAAUACCAAGAGAUCAUGGGAGGCUGUGCGACCAAGCCGAAGGUGUUGAAUCCCGACGAAGCCCCAGCGCCGCCACCGGAGCCGGUGAAGGAGGAGGCUGUCGCCGUGACGGAGGCUGUUGUGGUGUCGGAGGAGGCGAACGACGAAGUAGCGAAAGAAGAAGGUGGUGUUGUUAAGAAAGACAAAGAGAUCAAUGAUGAUGAGAUAGUUGAAGAAAAUGGAAGCAAGCGUCGAUCUCUCAGUCACUUGUUCAAAGAGAAUGAAAGCAAGGACUCAACUGAAAAUGCCAAGACAACAUUGGAGCCUGUAAAACAAGAACAACCAUCAGCAACUGAGAAGGCUAUUGACGUAUCCGAAACCAAACCAAUUGAAGCUGAAAAGGCCGAAUCUGUGGUGAAGGAGCCCACAACACCUGUUUUUGUCGAUGCUCCUUCAAAGGCCGAUAUAGAGGAGGAAGCAAUAGAAGCUGUAACAACGGCAGAGCCAUCUUCCCAGAAAGCAAUAGAAGUUGCACCAACUACCGAAAUAGCACCAACGAUAGAGCCCUCUGCCGAGAAAGCAAUUGAUGCUACACAGACCCUAAAACCAGAAAUGUUACCUAGAGAAACAGUGAUAGAAGAAGAGAAACUAGCUACAGAGACCCAAAAACCUGAAAUGAAGAAUAUAGAAGAAGAGAUUUCAGCUACAGAGACUCAAAAACAUGAAGUGUUGCCCGUGGAAAAGAAAACAGAAGAAGAGAAAGUCACUACAGAGAUCCAAACACCUGAAAUAUUGGCCGAGGAAAAGAAAACAGAGGAAGAGAAACCUGACACCCUUGAGGAGAAGGGAAAGGAAGAGAAGUGAAAAGUCUCUGAGAAUGCAAAAGUUUGAAUUAGGAGGCUUUAAUUAUGAUGAUGGCUAGCUAGAAAAACCACAAUUGCCUGUUUCAGUGAAAGCUGUUAGAAGAAGAGGAUGAUGAAUUUCACAACUGGUUCCUGGGAGUUACUAUGAGUGAACAUGUUCUAUUUGUUUAUUAUUCAAUUUCAUUUUCAUGUCUAUUAUGAUGCCAAUCAUUUUUUUUAUUUUUAUUUUUAUUUUUUUAUUUUUGGUGCAGUUGUGGACAUAUUGCAUCAUAUAAUGCCUUUGUCUGUUUGACA